UAAAAUUUUGGAUUACUUCCCUUGCAAAAAGAUCACUUCCGCCCUGCUCGGCGCUUGGCAGCCAUUUGCAUUAUUUGGUAAAUGUCGGCUGACAUUCGAGGAUACACAGGAAUUUCAUCGGUCAGGAGAUUGAAAUCGUAUUUCCUACCAUUGCCAGUGUGCAAUGGCGAGUGUACAAGUGGUCAAGACAGAGAUUGAAGAUCUGCAGGCAGGUGAUGCAGGUACAGAUCAACAGCUGAUUGCUGUACAAACACCAACAGAUGACCAGCAACUUAUUAUGGUCACAUUUGGUGGCUCUGGUGUUACAGCUUCAGAUGGAACAGAAGGUAUCUAUGUAGAGCAGGAUAUUUCUGAGGGAGGUGAGACAAGAUUGUGUGACAACGAGACCCAGACAGAGACUGUGUUUGGACUGGAGGAUCUACCUACUGUAAAAGAAAUUGUCCGUAAAACUAUUGCCAAAACUAGAAAAUUAGAACAAGAGCAGCAUAAGCCAACACAGGAUGUCACUGCUGGCCCCAUUAACGGAAUCUACACUUGUAAUAUCUGUGCAAAAGUAUGUAGAAAUAAGAUAAGUUGGCAGAAUCACCUGUCCGCACAUAAUGGAGAUGAUGUUUAUAUGUGUGGGGUGUGUGGUCAACUGUUUACAUUAAGAAUUACACUGAAAGCUCACCUGGAUAUUCAUGUCAGAGAGGAAAGGAAGCUGAAAAAACAGCGUGAUUUGAUGUAUGGGUCAGCUGACUUAAAGAUUGGAGGUGUGUACAUGCCUGGAGACAUCGUGCCAAAAGACGAUGAUAAAAGCCUCAACAAACAACUUUGCCUCGAUACAGGGAAUAUUCUCAACCAAGAUGGUCCUCACACUGAUAAUUAUGUGGCUGCAACUGAAGAGGUAGAAAAUAUCGCCAGCCCUGAUUCCCUGAAUAUUAAAGAAGAUACUGAGCUGAUGGAGGAUGGGUCAGUGGAGGAUAAUGAAGGUGGUUUUGUUUAUGCCUGUAACAUUUGUGGUGUACAGUAUGCUGUGAAAGAGGACUGUGAGAAGCAUCUUAAAGUGCAUACAGGGGGUGCUGACCAAGCUGGUUCAUCAAAGGAAGACAGUCCUGUUGGAAGUCCUUCUGCUUCACCAUUAGAGAAAAUAGUCUCACCUCCGAAAAAUAGAUGGAGCUCCUAUAUCUAUGCAUGCAAUGUCUGUGGCAAGCAGUAUACUAACAAGAGUAACUGUAAACGUCAUAUGAUGAUACAUACAGAUGAUCGUAAACUGUAUAAAUGUGAAUACUGUGGUAAAUGUUUCUCCCAGAAGUACGAGGUUAGAAUGCAUGCCCGAAUACACACAGGUGAAAAGCCAUUUACUUGUGCUGUUUGUGGAAAAACUUUUACUGAACGUGGAAACUGGCGACGUCACACACAGAUCCAUGUUCGUCCUCAGGAAGCAUCACCAUACAGGUGUGGUAUCUGUUGUAAGGGAUUUUUCCAUGCUGAAAAACUACAGGUUCAUCUUCAAAUACAUUCUGGGCAGCGUCCAUUCGUAUGCACUGUUUGUGGACGUAAGGUGAAAAAGAUAGGAGAUAUGUAUCGACAUCUGAGAACACACACUGGAGAAAAACCCUACAAGUGUCAGGUAUGUGGUAAAGGGUUUGCCCAGAAUGGCAAUUUAAAAGACCAUAUGAAAGUUCACACUGGAGAGAAGCCUCAUGUCUGUGAUUUAUGUGGACAGGGAUUUGCCAGGAAAAUACUGCUCAAAGAUCACAUUAAAAGUCAACAUAGAGGAACAACAUUACAGGACUUGACUGAGGCAGCCCUUGAAGAGAUUGAACGACAGGAAGCGGCCAUGGAGAAUUUAGAUGGUACAGAAACUAUUGCUGCUGGUAGUGUUAUACAUGAAAUCUCUGCAGGAAAUGUACCUAAGAUCUUGUCAGCCACAACAAUCAGUAAGACCAUUCCAACAUCAGCCCUCGGUAAAACUAUUGUGAUUGGUGGACCUGAGGUAACAACAGCUGACGAGGCUGAGCUUCUACACGAGGAGCAAGAACUAGAACUACAUGAUGUACAUACAACAUUAACAGAGAAGGAGUUGGAAGCUGCCCAUGUGUUAACAGUGGUACAAGAUGGUGAUAACAUGUUGUAUACAUUAAACCCAUCCACAAACCAGGUACAACAGAUAGUUGUCAAUUCAGAGCAAGCAGAACAAGUUGUUGUCACUACCAGUGCUCAGUCCGAUUUAGAAGUUCAAAAUUCAUGAACAAAAAUAGCUUCUUUUCUCAACCGAAAUCCUAAAACUAUUUCCUAGUUUGAAUCAAAGGUUGGAAUAUAUGAACAUUGAAAACAUUUUAAAAUGCAUGGUAUAUUAUACUUACCCCAGUAUUUGUUUUUAAGUGAUGCAGUAAUUUUCUGAAGUUACAUGCUGAUAUAAUUACAGACUGUCUAGAUGACUUUCUUAUGGUUAAUAUGACCAUUGUACAAUGUAUAUAAUAUAUAGUUUCAGAGUAAAGCAAUAUAUAUGGGGAAGAAAUAUGAGUGGGGAAGAAAUAAUCUCUAAUUAAACAACCAUAUUUCUUUGAAAGUCAUUGAGCUCGACUGUAGGAUGAAAAUGAGCAGGAUGAAAAUUAGGGAGUGCAUGCCUUCCUGAAAAAAAAAAUCACAUGUAGAUAACCAUAUUU